AUGGAAAUGAGAAUACAUGUAUUAAAGAACGAUAAUAAUGAUGAGGAGGAUAUCGAUAACGAAAAUACCAAUGAGCAUGAUAUCAAUCACGAAAAUACCAAUAAUGAAUAUGAUGAUACAAAUAGCGAAAAUACCAAUAACGAAAAUACCAAUAAUGAGUAUGAUGGGAAUAUCAAUAACCAGAAUAUUAAUAUCGAUAACGAAAAUAAUGAGUAUGAUGAGGAUAUCGAUAACGAAGAUACCAAUAAUGAGUAUGAUGACAACAUCGAUAACGAAAAUACCAAUAAUGAAUAUGACAAGAAUAAUAAUGAAUAUGGCGAGGAUAAAAAAGCGGCAGAGGAAUAUAAAGUUAACGAAAAAGAUGACAUUGAGAAUAAGAUAUUCCCAAAUUAUGAAAAAGCGGUUGAAGAAUUUUUCUCUGACCUUGAUCAUGGAAUGAAGUAUGAUAGAUGGGAAACCUAUAUAAGAACAUUCCUCGAAACAAUUGAAUCACAAAGUCACGAAAUGAUCAAAUAUCUAACAUAUCAUCAACACCCACAAAACCAAAUAAUUCUUGGGGUAUUCUAUUUACAAGACUCGCAUAAAAGACAACAAGCAUUUCAAGAAUUCAAAAAAGCUGCAGAAUCAAAUAAUUCAUAUGGACAAUAUUUUCUUGGAUAUUGUUAUAAGCAUGGAAUUGGAACAACGGACGAUUCCGCCUUGGCAGUUUAUUGGCUACGACAGGCUGUGAAUCAACGGAAUUCAGUUGCUUAUUUCGCUUUGGCAUUACAUUACGAGGGUGGAAUCGGUAUAAAAAAGGAUCAAAAAAAGUCGUACACCUUGUAUUGUAAGGCGAUGGAAAAUGGAUAUCUUGGUGCUUUGGCUGCUCUUGCUUAUGCUUAUGAUCGUGGAAUCGGAGUACAACUUGAUACACAUAAAACUAUUUAUUGGUUACGAAAAAGUAAAAAAGCUGGGAAUGCUUUUGCACAUGUUUACAUAGAAGCAAAGUUUAAUUCGAAGCAUCGAUUUUAA